AUGUCGGGGAAGUACGAAGUCCAGCCCCGAAAAUUGGGAACAAAGAGCAAACCGAAGCUGCCGUCGCCAGCCCCAGUGACCCAGUGGCCAGCCGACCUCCAAGUGUUCGUGGAAAAGAACCUUCAGCGGUCACAAAUGCUCCCCGCCCCAACCCAAAAGAUAGUCAACGAACAAAUGCAGGCCUUACUCCAAAUGGCAGCCAACACCAACCAGGUGUAUCUGACCAACUGGAAGAAGCAGAAGGUGCCAGUGCUUGACGGCGGCAGACUUGAGUUAGUGCCGAAAUCGGCGCCAGGAGCCGCUAAGCGGCCAGUAACUUCUGACUCCGACGACACCGACGACUUUGAGUCUGCCGACCGCAAGCGGGCCCGCCAAGAACGAUUUAAAAACGCUAAGCCGAAGGCGCCGGUGGUGUACGCCACCGACGGCCCGGUGAAAGGAUAUUCCCAAGCCCUUGAAAAGAACUAUCUUCGACUUACUCUGGCCCCUGACCCGGCUAACGUGCGACCGCAAGCGGUACUUGAGAAAUCACUUAAAUUUGUGAUGGACAAGUACCGGGAGACUAAUAACUAUUCGUACGUGAUCGGCCAGUUCAAAUCCAUCCGCCAGGAUUUGACGGUGCAACACAUCAAGAACAUGUUUACCAUUAGGGCCUACGAGGAAAAUGCGCGUAUAUCAUUAGACAAUGGUGAUUUGGGGGAGUUCAAUCAGUGUCAGACCCAAUUAAAAGUGUUGUACCAUCAACAACGGCGUCGUUCGGGCAAGAAGGAGUUUAUCGGCUCCGAGCCAGAAUUCAUCCUCUACCGCAUCAUCUACAUGUUGAUCACGCACAACCAGACGGAAAUGGCUAAGAUCUACACGGAGGUCAUCACCACCACUCGCCAGUACGAGGCCACCGAUGACCAGCGUAGGGUGUUUGAUCUUAGCCAGACGUUGUUUGACUGCCAACAGCACAUUUUGACCAAGAACUUCACCGAGUUAUUCACCCAAUUCCGCAAGUUACGCACCGCGUCCGAUCUGUGUAAAGUACCACUUGUGGGGAAGACAGUGUGGUCUUUACUUGCUCCCAAGCUACAAAUGAGAUCAUUAGCAAUGGUUUCCACUGCCUAUCGCAAGCUCAGCCUCGAGGUUAUCGAACACAUGUUUGCCAUAACUAAACAAUUCUACGAGGAUGCCGGCCUAUCUAAAUACAUCACCGAGACUGAUUUUGACUGUGUGGCCGCUCGACAACAGCUACACCAGAUUGUCAAUAGCCCCAAGUUCUCCCGGGUGGAUAUCAAAGGGCAAAAGUGA